AUUUUUGUUUCUCCUUAUCAUGAUUUUUCAGCCCAACAAGCAGAUAAUGAUUGGCCAUAUGGUCGUGAUAUUGAACUAUUGGUGCCGAAGAUGUCUGGAGGUGUUGGUGUUUUUCCCCCUAGUACAGAUGAUGAAAACAGGAUGGCCGCUAGUUUGGUCGAUCAUGAUGGCAUUCGACACGCCUUUCUUCCUCGCCUUGACCACCACGACCACCUCCCUGACAAACUACAGCGGCCCUAUCCAGGAAAAAACACCCAUCCCCAUCCAAUUUGUGAUGCAAAACAUGUAUAAAGUCCUGUGUUUGAUGUCAUGCACAAAAUGGGUGUUUUUUCCUGGAUAGGCCCUGGCGUGAUACUAGUAGUGAACGCAGCAAGACCACGGCAAUGGUCUCCGGAUUCCCGGUCCUCCGGCGAUUCCUCGGGCCAAGACCUGCGGUGGUGGUCAACCGGGCAGCGGGCUGCGAGUAGUGGUUUCACGAACCAGUGCGGAGACCGACUGGCUACAAGUAGCGAUAUUGUGCCGCUGAACUACGAACACUUUGCGCAGAAAUUCAACACUUUUAAAAUGAACCGCAUACUGCUGUUCUCCCGGCAAAUUAUCGCGGCGAACGCCCAGCUGGGGCAAGCGGAAUUUAUGCUGUCCAUGACUCCGGAACCGAGUGAGAGUCUGAUUGGAAAAAUCAGAGACGAGCUAUGAAAUGCAAUUGAUAUGCCAAUGCCACAGUGGGUUGAGUGGCCCCGGAAGAUUCGACUUUGAAAUUUUUUGUAUUGCAGAACAUUAACAGCACAGAUGAGAAGGUGCAAAAAAAUUGACCGUUUCUCACGAGACAGGAGACUACUUAUUUGUAUUGCGAAAAUAUCGUGUGCUUUCGCCAAAAAUGCUCUUUAUUAGAAGCCUGCUCUGCAGUUUGAAUCUGCAGAGUUUGCAUCAAUUAUGCGAAGAAAGAAGUAAGUAAUUGUGUAGGUCUAAGGGCGACCACGUCGAACUACAUGUGACUUUCCACGUAACAAUAGACCACUUCUGAGGACUCCAAUGGCAGAGCAUUUUUGCAUAGGAUAGCCGCUUGAGAAGGUGCAGCAAAACUUUCUUCUGGAAUACAACUUCGUUGCAGGACGAGAGCAGCACCCACCAACCGUUCCUUCCAACGACCGCGCUGCUGCCUAUACCCCGCAGCAGAUGAUGCGCGACGCGAAACUUCUACGAGACUGGCUGCAGCCACUCAAAUCGCACCAAACGGAGCAGUUCUAUUCUGAUGGCACUGGGCGAGGAUCCGGCGUUUCUCUCUUCGGCUAUACCUCUGACUAUUCCCUGAAAUAAAUGUACCAUCCCCAACAUCCACUCGCCUUGCACGAUAAAAGAACAAAGCAGGCUCUUCUCCUGGUUUUGUAUGACAAAUUGGAUGUUGCGGGUGGCCAAAGAUUUUCAGGUGAUACUGACGUCAACUGGAACGGUCAUCCCGUCUGUAAACUGUACCAGAAAAUCGCCGAAGUGUCCACGUAUGGAAGCGUCAGGUUCGAAAUCGUCAAAGUUGAAAUAAUCUGUAAUGCAUAAAAUGCAUGACCCGGGGUGCGUGUGUUGCAGAGCAGGCAAGUGAGGCCGAUUGUAAGCCUGUUUGGGGUUACAGCUCGAGCUGCUAAAGUAGCAUGAGAAAAUCGCUCUUCUUUGCCUAAAUAGCGUGACAGACUGGAUUUAGGGACCGCUGAAGUUUGUCAUGCGCCACUUGGAAACUGGGUUCCAACUGGCAUCCAUUUUAUGCAUGACAAAUUAUUUCAACUUUGUCGAUUUCAACUCUGACACAUCCAUACCACGGUGGAGCAUUUCAUUCCUGCUGCGGCUAGUACUGGUGGUGGGCAAAUGCCAGUCACGGGCCGCGGUGUAAACAAAAGCCGAGUUCCCCCCGCGACCGCGCUGCUCGGCUCCUCCAUCUUCUGGCAGCAGAAGCUCGCCCCGUUUGUGGAAUUCCGCCAGAACUUCUAUUACGGGAUCAGAAAAGUGGCGGAGUUCAACCUGGAGAGUGAUGUCUUGGCGCGGGUGCGGAGCAUCCAAAAUGGCUUGCUAGUCACGGAAGAACAAGAACUACUGAAAAGCGUAGGACAAAAUAGCUCGGCGCGCGGCAAUAGGGGGCAAAACUACCACGCAGGCAGCUCCCCAGCAGCUCCCAGGUUCCCGCCCCUGGGGACACCUCGUAGCAGCAGACCGUAGGGGGACAGAUAGUAUUUACUUUAUACCCUGCCUUCCUGUUCCUGCUAAGAAAGGAGCAGGAAUGUCGACAACGAAGACGUCUUCCGCGGGACGAGAUCCAGACAUCUUAGUCGUACCUAGUCAUGUAUUGGUAUUGCAACGCAAUGUGAAUGUAGUAGAAGUACACGAAGUGAAGACGAAAGAGAAAGUCACAGAGUUUCUAUUCCGAUCGCAAGCGUAGUUCAGUCUUCUUCUUCAUGUGCAUAUAUUUACAAAAACAAAUGUACAGUACGCGCUGCCGCUACCCAGCAAGCUUUAUUUGAAUACAUUAUAGACUUGUAGUUUGCGUAAAUACAAGAAUCUUGAAGGAACGACAAACGGCCCGCUGUUGUUCGCAGGAGAUCUUUUUGUCUGUUGAAAUUUUGCAAUUCCAGAAAAAUUUUGCUUGCUCAGGGUACGCGAAAGAAGAAAUCUUCAGAAUGCACUGGGGCUGAACAACGCAGCAAGCCGGCCGGGUGAUGCAGGAAAAAAGUAGAUCACGAGGUCGUGGCACUACUACGCCGUCUUCACAGAUUCGCCUCUGAUCAACCACAAC